AUGGGUUCAAAAGCGUCACACACUCAUGUCAGAGAAAAAAGAGACGGUGAGUCACGUUUUGAUCAACAGAUCAGAUAACAAAGUGUAUUAUUCUUAUAAGAGGUGCCGUUUUUUUAUGGCUGUGCCUUUAACAGACCUUAUAUUGAAGAUUUAACUGUCUUUUUCUUGUCUAUGAAGAAAUUCCACCGAGGAUGAUAAAGCAGCUGAUUAUGUCUGUUUUAUGUUUCCCAGCAAGUUUAAAUCCCUCCAGUUUUAUAGUGGAAAUUACCAUUAACGGCUCUGACCUUGAGAGUCUUCGAGCAGCUUUAAACUCAUUGAAUUUCCCUGUAAUGAUAAACAAUACUGCUGAAAUCACCAGCAUUGAGAUCACAACAGGUACAAGAUAUUUCAUUAUGUUACUUCAAUUUCUGACACUAUCAGUAGCUGUAUUGUUAACUUUGAUCAACUUCUUGCUCAAAGUGUGUUCGUCAACGAAUACAAGUGGAUUCCAAUGCAGAUGUCAGGAAAACUUUGCUUGGUCACGAAACGUUUGCCUUAAAUAUGGUGUCUGUGAUCCCAUUGUUAGCGACACAUGUGGAUGCAUCACUGCUCUUCCAAAUGAGAGCCAGUCAUGCCAGUCCAACCGCAGUCAAACAGGUAGGCCCUACGUCGACUGCAGAGGCAACUCAGUGUGACUCAGUUAAUUAGAUAAUUAGUCAAAACAUUUCAUGUUGAUUCUGUUUUUUGUCCUUUUUUGAUUUUAAAAGUGUGGUGGAAAUUAUAUCACAAUUGUAUGUAAGACGGGGAUGGCCAUGAAUUGUCAUCUCAUGAUAAUGACUUAUUGUCUUGUUAUCUCGACAUAACAAAGAUCGUUUUCUUGUAAUCUGCGUUUUCAAUGAAAAGCACUGACGUCGUGCUCCACUUUGUGCAUUUGCAUUACACUUUAAACGGGGGAACAAUUAGCGGCCAUGCGCGAAUCAGACAACAGUAACAAUAGCUGACACAUCAUGAACUAGAAAAGCACUCGGAGAGCGCAGACCUCCGCCAAGCAGCUCAUGUCCCCCUUUAUAUUGUGAUUCACACCAAAACUUUUACUGUUACGUGUCUUUUAUUAACUUUUAUUUGUGUUUAAAGUGGUAUGUUCACUGUUCACAAUGUUCCUAAAACAAGAAAUGCCCUGACCCAGAUUCAAACCUAGGACCUUCUUGCUGUGAGGCGACAGUGCUAACCACUACACCACUGUGCCGCCCAUUGGUUAUCUUUCAGCAUUGGAUAUUCCAACGACACCCUUAUUUUUGUGUGUUCUGGAUCACUGGAUCAACCUUUGACAGCUCAUAAAACUCAUUAAGAUCCAUUUGUGUAAUUUUUUACUAAAGACUCUGGCCAUUUUUAUAGAGUUAAAUGCAAAAAUUCCAAAAUUUGCCCUAUCUCACAAUGAUAAAGAAUCCUUCAAAAAAAUAACAGACAAACAAACCAAUGCUACCGAAAACAUAACCUCCUUGGCAGAGGUAAUUAAUCGAUCACAAGAAAACUAUCUUUGGGAUGUCGAGAUAAUGAGGUAAUAAGUCGUUAUCAUGAGACCGUGAUCUUUGUUAUGUCAUUUAAUGAAAUAAUAAAUCAUUAUCCUGAGAUUACAGUGCAUAAAUAAAGAAAAAUCCAUGGCUGUUCUCAUCUACCAAACAACUGAAUACUUUGAUUUUUCUUGUAUAGUUUAGUUGGUGUUCCCUGAAUAAUGAUAUCAAAAUUGCACAGAGUUCUGUGGCUUCUUUAUUUUUAGAGUAUAUAAAAGACUGAUGAAGGGAUUUAGAUAUAUUGCAUAUUAGACACAAAUCCUUACUGUAAAAUAUGCUUGUAUGCAGCUAACUAAAACCAGUGGGUUUUGUUUGUUUUGCUUCAUCAAGUUGAUUCAUUGAGACAAUGCACACUAAUCAGCAUUUUGCACUAUGCACCAAUGUAAACACUUUACACUAUAGCUAAAUUUUAUCCGUAGUCUUAGUGGUCCUUAAACACACAGUUCAGCAAGUUUAUUAAUUUUUGGCUCUCAUUUGUUAGUAAUGUUAAUUUGUUGUAUUCAGGUUUAUAUCAGGUAGUUUGGUUGACAGAUAGUUCUUUGAAACCCCAAACUAAAUGCUGUGUUUUGGUGGUUUUUGCUGCCUUUGGUAACAGCCUCACCUUCUACUUUCAUUAUUGUUCUUACAAAGAAUCAUUUGAGACAGAGGAUGAUAUUUUUCAUGUUUUGCACAAAUCAAAUGAACUGUUAUCAUCAGAUGGAUGGAAUCUGAGGCAUACACGCAGGUAAAAUCUUUCUCUACACUAUGGUUUUGUUUGAAAAGAUGGCAACUUUGAAUAAGUCCUCCAGUCCAAGUUCUUCAAGCUCUGAUAUGAGAAAGAGUUGGUGUUAAAGACCCCUUGGUACAAGAGUUAAAAUCUAGUUUAGGAGUGGAGUUUUUCUUGAGAAACACAGAGUUCAUUCUUGGGAAAAAAAAUGCUUAUUAAGAAAUUUAUACUGUUGGUUAUAUGCGUUGGAGACACUUGAAUUUAAAGGUCCUGUAAGGAAGUUUUCUAUUGAUUUUAGCACCCCCUGUGGACAUGUUCUCUGCUGAUAUUGUGCCUCACAUGUGAUCAGUGUUUUUAUCACAAUCCCUAUAAGAAUUGAAAAGGUUUCUAGAUCUGCUAGUGUUGUGUCCGUUUGAAUCAUUUUUGGUAAUUUAAGAUGUUUUAAGCUAUCUCACAUUUCUGAUCUGACACACUUUCCUCAGUAUUUGAGGCUGUCAAUUUCUAAGCAACUACAUUCAGAAUGACUGCCUAUGAGUAACAUCCACACCACAGUUUUAUAAGGGUGAAUACAAGGAGGGGGAAGUGUCUUUUAAUAAUGAUAAAAGUGUUCAACUUUUUGUGUAUUUUGUGUUGUGACUUUUGCAGUGCCAACAACACUGACACCAUUGACAGCACAAGUUAAAGGUAUGAAAAUUAGAAUAUGAGAAUAAAUGGUCUGUGCAUGAGUUUCUAAAAAUUGCCAUUGACCUUGCUAAGUCAAUAAAAUGCAUUGCCCUGUUGUUGAUUGGUAAUAUAAAUGAAAUGUAAGUAUUGAAGCAGAAUAAGUUCUCCGAAAACAUCGGGGACCACUACAGCUCCAAUCAGUACAUCUAUGCUAGCAACCACUGCCACAUCAACAUCAAUAUAAGGUUUUAUAAAUGUGAUGUUCUCCACAGAACUGGACAUUGAAGUAGUGCUUGAAUUAAACAUCCCAGACUUCAGUUUGUUCCAGAGCAUCAGGAACAGUCUGAAGAACCUCAAACUCCCAGUCAACAAUCAGUCCAUACAACUAGAAGCCAUCGAUCUAACCACAGGUAAGAACAUCAAAUUGUGUAACUUCUUGUGGGUGUGAUUUGCUCAGUUGAUUCAGAGUUUUAUUAAUCUCUUCAAACCCUUUUUCAGUGUGCUUUGGAGACCCAUCUCCAGAGUCACAGUUUCAGUGUCAGUGUGAGGAGCAGUACGCAUGGUCAUGUGACAUGUGUACCAAUUUUACAAGAUGCAACAAUGCUACCGAACAAACCUGCACAUGUAUAAAUGGAGAUCCUGGAGAAGACUUUUGUAAGCCAAUCACAGGUAAGCAUCUUGGUCCUUCAUUCAUUCUUGCAAAUGUGACAGUACUAUUAACUGGUAGAAUGAUGAUGGUGUCCUCGUCACCAGCAUAAUAAGGGUAAUGCUGGUGGAAAAUCAGUGGAAAGAACCUGAAUUACAAUCUUUAACUGUAGUUAAAUACAAUAUGCAAAAUGAUUUUUUUAUUUAAAUGUUAAGUUUCUUGUAACAAUCAAAUCUCAAUAUUUCUUUGCAGAAAUCUCUGAUUGUCCACCUCCAACAACAACUACUGGUCAGUCACAUAAUUGCUUUUUUUUUUUAAUGAUUAAGUCAACUUCUGUUUUUGAUCGUUCUCUCAAAAUAUUUGUUUUACAGGGAUGCCGACAACAACAGGGUCAAAUACAACAACAGUUUUUAACACAACAGUAGUUCCAAACACAACACUAGUUCCAAACACAACACUAGUUCAGAAUACAACAGUUCCCAACUUAACAACCGUUCUAAAUACAACAACAGUUCCAAACACAACAGCUCUUACUAUGACAACAGUUCCAACCACGCUAGAAGGUAAGUACUUUAACUGUAAAAAACGUGAGCCUGUCUAUCCCUCCAGAGAUUUCUGUUGAUCUCUCUCUGAAAUAUUUUUAUACAGGGAUGCGGAAAACAACAACCGUUCUCAAAACAACACUAGUUCCAAAUACAACAACAGUUCCAAACAAAACAAUGAUUCCAUAAGACAAGAACAAAUGAUGAAGUUAUCAAUGAUGAAUACAUAAAUCGUCAUUAUUUCAAAACACAAUUGGCUUAUUGGUAUUGUUACAUAAAUCUACUUCCUUAUUGUUUAAUUUCCAUUUGACUGACAAAUAUGCUGCACUUCAAGUUUAUCAGCCUGUUUUUGUUAAGUCCAAGUUACUCAAACGGAUGGAAAUUUUAUAUGCAAUGGGGCUCAAAGAACUCACAGAGGCUACAACAACAGCAACAGAGACCACUACAGCUCCAAUUAAUUCAACUAUGCUAACAACCACAACAACAUCAUCAGCUUUAGGAGACUAUUUCAGUCCUGAGAUAGAUGUGAUAUCAUUUCUCCACAGAACUGGAAAUUGAAGUAGUGCUCGAAUUAGACAUCCCAGACUCCAGUUUUAACAUCUCUAAUCUAAGAGACAGUCUGAGGAACCUCACACUCCCCUUCAACAUCAAACAGUCCAUACAACUAGAAGCCAUCAUUCUAACCACAGGUAAGAACAUCAACUUGUGUAACUUCUUGUGGGUGUGAUUUGCUCAGUUGAUUCAGAGUUUUAUUAAUCUCUUCAAACCCUUUUUCAGUGUGCUUUGGAGACCCAUCUCCAGAGUCACAGUUUCAGUGUCAGUGUGAGGAGCAGUACGCAUGGUCAUGUGACAUGUGUACCAAUUUUACAAGAUGCAACAAUGCUACCGAACAAACCUGCACAUGUAUAAAUGGAGAUCCUGGAGAAGACUUUUGUAAGCCAAUCACAGGUAAGCAUCUUGGUCCUUCAUUCAUUCUUGCAAAUGUGACAGUACUAUUAACUGGUAGAAUGAUGAUGGUGUCCUCGUCACCAGCAUAAUAAGGGUAAUGCUGGUGGAAAAUCAGUGGAAAGAACCUGAAUUACAAUCUUUAACUGUAGUUAAAUACAAUAUGCAAAAUGAUUUUUUUAUUUAAAUGUUAAGUUUCUUGUAACAAUCAAAUCUCAAUAUUUCUUUGCAGAAAUCUCUGAUUGUCCACCUCCAACAACAACUACUGGUCAGUCACAUAAUUGCUUUUUUUUUUUAAUGAUUAAGUCAACUUCUGUUUUUGAUCGUUCUCUCAAAAUAUUUGUUUUACAGGGAUGCCGACAACAACAGGGUCAAAUACAACAGCAGUUUUUAACACAACAGUAGUUCCAAACACAACACUAGUUCCAAACACAACACUAGUUCAGAAUACAACAGUUCCCAACUUAACAACCGUUCUAAAUACAACAACAGUUCCAAACACAACAGCUCUUACUAUGACAACAGUUCCAACCACGCUAGAAGGUAAGUACUUUAACUGUGAAAAAAACGUGAGCCUGUCUAUCCCUCCAGAGAUUUCUGUUGAUCUCUCUCUGAAAUAUUUUUAUACAGGGAUGCGGAAAACAACAACCGUUCUCAAAACAACACUAGUUCCAAAUACAACAACAGUUCCAAACAAAACAAUGAUUCCAUAAGACAAGAACAAAUGAUGAAGUUAUCAAUGAUGAAUACAUAAAUCGUCAUUAUUUCAAAACACAAUUGGCUUAUUGGUAUUGUUACAUAAAUCUACUUCCUUAUUGUUUAAUUUCCAUUUGACUGACAAAUAUGCUGCACUUCAAGUUUAUCAGCCUGUUUUUGUUAAGUCCAAGUUACUCAAACGGAUGGAAAUUUUAUAUGCAAUGGGGCUCAAAGAACUCACAGAGGCUACAACAACAGCAACAGAGACCACUACAGCUCCAAUUAAUUCAACUAUGCUAACAACCACAACAACAUCAUCAGCUUUAGGAGACUAUUUCAGUCCUGAGAUAGAUGUGAUAUCAUUUCUCCACAGAACUGGACAUUGAAGUAGUGCUCGAGUUAGACAUCCCAGACUCCAGUUUUAACAUCUCUAAUCUAAGAGACAGUCUGAGGAACCUCACACUCCCCUUCAACAUCAAACAGUCCAUACAACUAGAAGCCAUCAUUCUAACCACAGGUAAGAACAUCAUCUUGUGUAACUUCUUGUGGGUGUGAUUUGCUCAGUUGAUUCAGAGUUUUAUUAAUCUCUUCAAACCCUUUUUCAGUGUGCUUUGGAGACCCAUCUCCAGAGUCACAGUUUCAGUGUCAGUGUGAGGAGCAGUACGCAUGGUCAUGUGACAUGUGUACCAAUUUUACAAGAUGCAACAAUGCUACCGAACAAACCUGCACAUGUAUAAAUGGAAUUCCUGUGAGAGAGUUCUGUAAGCCAAUCACAGGUAAGCAUCUUGGUCCUUCAUUCAUUCUUGCAAAUGUGACUAUUGUAAUGUAACAAUAGUAUGUAAUGUAUGUACUAUUAACUGGUAUAUUGAUGAUGGUGUCUUCAUCACCAGCAUAAUAAGGAUAAUGCCAAUGGAAAAUCAGUGGAAAGUACCUGAAUUACAAUGUUUAACUGUAGUAAUAUAUAAUAUGCAGACUGAUUUCUUCAUUUAAAUGUUAAGUUCAUUGAUACAAUCAAAUCCUCAAUAUUUCUUUGCAGAAAUCUCUGAUUGCCCACCUCCAACAACAACUACUGGUCAGUCACAUAAUUCCUUUUUUUUUUUUAAUGAUUAAGUCAACUUCAGUUGUUGAUCUUUCUCUCAAAAUAUUUGUUAUACAGGGAUACCGACAACAGCAACAGUAUCAAUUACAACAACAGUUUCAACUACAACAGUUCCAAGCACCACAGUUUCAACAACGUCAACAGUUCCAAGCACCACAGUUCCAACUACGUCAACAGUUCCAUCCACAACAGUUUCAACAACGUCAACAGUUCCAAGCACCACAGUUUCAACUAUGUCAACAGUUCCAAGCACCACAGUUCCAACUACGUCAACAGUUCCAUCCACAACAGUUUCAACAACGUCAACAGUUCCAAGCACCACAGUUUCAACUAUGUCAACAGUUCCAAGCACCACAGUUCCAACUACGUCAACAGUUCCAUCCACAACAGUUUCAACAACGUCAACAGUUCCAAGCACCACAGUUCCAACUACGUCAACAGUUCCAUCCACAACAGUUUCAACAACGUCAACAGUUCCAUCCACAACAGUUUCAACAACGUCAACAGUUCCAGUCACAACAGUUCCAAUCACAACAGUUCCAACCACGGUCGAAGGUAAGUACUUCAACUGUAAAAAACGUGAGCCUGUCUAUCCUUCCAGAGAUUUCUGUUAAUCUUUCUCUGAAAUAUUUUUAUACAGGGAUGCGGAAAACAACAACAGUAUCAAAUAUAACAACAGUUCUAAACACAACACUAGUUCCAAAUACAACAAUCGUUCCAAACACAACAAUCGUUCUAAAUACAGCAACCGUUCUAAACACAACAACAGUUCCAAACACAACAAUCGUUCUAAAUACAAGUGUUCCAAACACAACAACAGGAUCAAAUACAACAACAGUUCUAACUACAACAGUUCUAAUUUCUACAAGUGUUCCAACCACGGUCGAAGGUAAGUACUUCGACUGUAAUAAACGUGAGCCUGUCUAUCCUUUCAGAGAUUUUUACAAACAUUGCAAAAACCAAGAGUACUCAGUAAAAUACAUUUUGGCAUAAUUUAUUAUUUAAUUAUAAAUUUAUUUGUAUGCAUAGACUGUAUGUAGAAUGGACAGCAUCUGCCUCCUGGCUGGGUGAAGCCACUCCGAGAACAGCACCCUCUGUUGAUGGGCUGCAAUAUAGGUCAUAAAUCCCGCCUCCACCAGCAAAGCUUAUGGAGCUGUGGACGAACUUUAGAAAUUUAUUACACAGAACAUAAACUUUUCUCCCCCCUGCUUGCGGUGUUGACAUGUAGUUACAGUAAGACUGGUUUGUUCUCAAGUCCUCUUUUUUCCUGUACAGCUCCAUUUUUAAAAGUUAUUAGGGGGUUCAUGUUUUCUUUGAUUGACACCUGAUACAGCCUAUUGGCGUUCAGGGAUUACAUAGCUCACCCGGGUACAUGCUGUUUGAGCCGAGCGUCAUCACAGCGACUCUUCCGUCGAAUGCGCACAACGCUACUGCGCAGCGCUGGUGGAAAUACCGAGAGCUUUUUGGCUUCAAAUCCGUAUUCAGGCGGGAGGCGGAACCAAGUUGUCCAUGGUGUACACAGUCUAUGGUUGUAGGCUACAGUGUGCAUGCGUCUUGCAUGCAUUUCAAAACAGUACACUGUCGGAGUAAAAUGUAUGUAUUUGUAGGUUUAUGUACAUACAACCAAUAAACAUUUAAAUAGUAUACGGAAACCUGAGUAAAACAUACUCUUCCCCCAUAAUUCAUGUAUUACGUUAAAAAAAAAAAAAAUGCAAGGUAGAAAUUAUGACAGUUACACUAAUGGAGUUUACUGCACCAAAAAGUCACUUUUUUCAGUGUAGCAUGUUUGAAAUGCGCACGCAAACUGGCACAGCGUUACGUACAAAUGGGUACAGUCAUUGCAGAGAGAAGGAGGCAGGAGUGCCAUGAUAGACGAUUAAGAUAGAGAGUCUUCCGUGCUUGUGCCAACAUAUUUGGACUGUCGGAAAUAAAAAUAAUAGAGUAAUAGUAACAGUAAUGCCAUUUUUGAGCUGCUGGGUGACCAAAGGGCUGAUUGAGAGCUAGUCACAAAAAUGAUCCAUGCCAAAAAAACACUCCUUGUAACACAGCAUUUUUCUGCGUGACUAAGUUAACUUAAUUUUUUCAUAUCUAUUUGACUAACAAAUAUGCUGCACAAAGAGUUUAUUGGCCUGUUUAUGUUAAAUCUAAGAAAUUCAAAUGGAUGGAAAUUUGUAUGCAAUGAGGCUAAACUGGUACAGGUAUGCUAACAACCACAACAACAUCAAUAAAUGGAAUUAUGCAUUUAAUAUACAAAAAUAAAUAAAUAAAUAAAAACAUAAAACAAUGUGAGCUUGUAUGAAUGAGCAUACUGAUAACAAUCUAGUACCUAAGAGUGACAGGGACUAGAUUGAUGGCUUGCCUGUGUACCCUAUGUCAUACUAUAAAAGAUCAUGAUCAUAUUAAUAAAAGGGCAAGAAAGAGAAUUUUCAUCCCAUCCCAGUAUGACUGUUCUUAAUGUUGUAGUGAGGAACUUCAACUUGACCUUGGAAGAAGACUAUGAUCCUAAGUUCAACGAUCCAACAAGUGAAAUUUACAUCAACUCUAAUAGAACAGUAAGUCCAAAUAUGUCUCCUGUUUGUGUCAUCCAGUUUUAUUACAAUUUGAAUCAAUGAAUGUAUGUUAUAUCUGAGCCUCAUGUAAUAGUAAAACCCUAACACAGAGAAUCUCUUAACAGAUUCAGGAACAAUGCCGAACUCAUAUCUUAGGUCUACAAGGAGCAAAUAUAGUCCAAAUCAUGUAAGUCUCCUUUUCUAUAUCUGGAUGCAGACUCCAGAUUUUUUCUGAGCUUAGACUUUGGAAGAAUUCUUUGUUUUGUUUUUAAGUUCUGAUCGGGGCCCUGGUUAACCACAGUAGUCUUUGCUAAAGUAUUUCAUGUCAUGUCAUGUUUGGUUAAUAAUACAACCACGCAAGAAACCAUCUUGAAAGUUUGACUGGUUGACCUUGGUUUACGGUGCAGAUGGCAAACAUGUCAGACAUAACACAGACUGCAGUCUACCUGCUCACAAUUUGAUUGCCAUUUUGGUUUUAUUCUGUUUUACAGGAGAGGGAGCACCAUUGUCGAAUAUUCUGUUAGAGCAACUGAAUUCCCGGAUGAUCAAAUAAAAGCCUUAAAAUCUGGGGUAUUUUUAAAGACUUCAGAAACUUACCGUACCAUAUUUGACAGUAAGACCAUUUCUAAAAAUCGUUCUCAUUCUUGAAGUUAUCACAUACAUGUGCAUCGUUUGUAUAGUUGAUCUAACAUGGAUUUCUUUUACUUUUUUUACUUUUUCUUCGAAGGUGAUGAAAAUUUGAAGACAUUCGAAGUGAUCACUGGUGAAAAUGCUACUCUGUCAUGUGAUCCUCCCCUAGAAGGCCUCGGAUUUGGAGACGAUGUGCAGGCAAAGUGGAGAGUUAAGGAUAAGGAAAUAAAGAACGAUAGUCUGUAUUCAGUUCAGCAGCGGGAAAAUGGAACAUUCACGUUAUUGAUAAAACAUUUUUUGGGACGAGUCAACGGUAAGAAUCUGACGUGUUAAAAACAAUGGGAAAUGAUUGAUUUUUAUUCCUGUAAAACAUAUUUGAAAGUAAAAAGUAAAGAUCAAAACAGGUAUCAGAUUAAAUUUAUUGCAGCAGAUGUAGGAAACUACUGUAUUGAGAUUGUUCGGAGACUGUCCAGUCCCUCAAAAACAAAAGUAACCUGUGAAAUAGAUGUUAUCAUCACAGGCUCAAUUUUCAUGAUUCGUUGGCAGAGUGGCAGCAGACCAGGUUUGAAUCUGCAAGCUUUCAGUGCACUUUUCGAUGCCGCUGGCAGGCACGAAAAUAUCACUGCGCCAGCUGAUUCUGUCAACACCUCCCCCUACUGCACUGCCACACCCAGUUUGGCACAUCUUGGUGCUACCAAAAUACCAAACUGGCUGUACACCAGGCUGCGCUGGACUAAAAUACGCGCGGCACCCUGCGCAGUGCCGCUGGCCAGCACAAAAAUAGAGCCCUACAUGUUUAUGGAAAUUUGUCUAUAUAUUAAUCUCACAGUGUGGUUUAAAGGGAAACUGUGAGAGGGGGGGGAACUCGUAAAAAGUCAUGUGGGCCAAAAAGCAUUACAUUUUGACAACAGGGACAGGCCAGAGGGAGGAGGACCGUGGGCUGGGAAUGGCCCCUGGGCCAGCAGCUUGAAAUGCCUGUUCCCAGCAUUACUGAUCAACCCACUGUUAACCAUUCAUAGAGAAAUAUGAAAAAAGUUUCACCACAGCAAUACUUUGCAGUUGCACAAAUGCUCUUAAAUAUAUUCUGAGGCUCCAUAAGUUAGACUUUGAGUACAACUAACUUGAAAUGAGUCAAAUACCAAUAGAUGUUGUCAUAGUUACUAAAUCAACUAUUUCAAUGCAGUCUGUGAUUGGUGUUUGUAGAAAGUAUUGCCACACCUCCACAGGAGUGUUUCAGAGUCUGUAUUUGUUUAAUUGUACACAGACACUUGAACAAGGUCAGGUGUGCUCCAGACAGGAUGUUGUUUGGGUCUGGUAGACAACAGGGAAUCUGGCAAGAGACCUGAUGCAUCCAUACAUUUUGUACAUGAUGCCGAGGCAUAUGGUUGUCUCCUAACCUGAUGUGGGAUCAUGUCACAGUGUCUUGCAAUUUAAACUUUAUUCGUUCUUUCCCCUUUCUUUACAGGAAUAUAUGAAUGCAGGUUUGAAGAGGGCCAAAAGAUUUUUAGACAGAAAGCCAUUGCAAAAUUCGAACUCCAAGAGAGACCUAAUAUACAAGCGCCUCCUAAGAUAAUAGACAGAUAGCCCGAUGUAAUUCCAAUGUAAACCUGACCUGCUCUGUCGAUCGCAACUACGUGGCAGAGUUGAUAUGGAAUGGUAAGCCAGAAGCUAACAGACUUCAAAUGCUAAUCAGCUGCUUGCAAAUCUUAAGUACAGAUACUAAUGGGUUUUUUUGUAUGUAUGUUUUGGCACAGAUACAACUGUCGAAUCUCCGUAUAAACUCCCAAACUGUGAAAACGAGAAUGUGAUAUUCAUAUUUACUUGUCGAGUGACCCAUAAGAGGUUAAAUUUUUUGGAAGAAAGAAACAUAACUGUGGAGUCAGUCCCAGAAAAAGGUAAGUAGUUUUUACAGGAAAUCAAAACAGUUUCAGAUAAGAUAUUUCUCGUACACUUCUGAUUACUUUGAUAUAACAGUUUUCUUUCUCCCCAGUGCAAUUUCAAUGCAAUGAUACUAUAUAUGGUUUGGGAAAUCCUGGAAACAGAAGUGAAGCUAACGCAUGUAACCCUGAUGAAACCGGAACAAAGACAGCAGAGUGUCAGCAAACUGGUGAAUGGUUGGUAGUUGAAGAAACCUGCAUUCUACAACCAAUUAACAAUCUGCUAGAGGAGUCAAAGGUGAUUUAUUAUUAAAAAAAAUAAAAUGAAGUUCAGUUACUAAUAUUUUAAGUAAUACUUACGCUUAAAUGAGGUCUGGUUAUUUUGAGACUUUUGCUGAAUGUGAAAACUCUACCUGUGGGACUGCAAUCCUUUGAACUGCAGUAAUAAGAAGUUAUGCAACCCAAUUAACUAAAUCCCAAUUCACACUUCCCAGAAUAACUAAAGUGCAAGGGCGUGCAUUUCCCAGCACCAACAAACAAUUCAUGAAGUAUGUAGUUGGCAUUUAAUGAAACUAUCACACACACAUGAAUGAGGUAAACCUGUAAAUGUGACUCUACAGUAAGGAAUUAGCUUGCUGUUACAACACAAUGUUAGGUGUGGUUGCCCUGAUUUCUCAUUGUGGACAGUUUACUGAUCUGCAGCAAAUUUAGCAGGCUGAGACGAAAAGAAACAACGAACUAGAGAAGUGUUCAAGAUUUAUAAAUUUAGGGUGUCUUUUUAAGUUCUAGAAACAACAACACAUGUAAUCUAAUUUCUUCUAAGUAUUUUUUAAAAUAAUUUAUGUGCACAAAGAGUCAAAACUGGGGACCAAAUUUGUCCCCAGCAAUAUUUGACUGGCAUGUAAAUGUUUUAUCUAAAUUUGUUGUUUUAGAUUCAUUAUUCAAAUUAUUCUGCACCAUUACUUCACCAUGGUCUGAAACAAAGACAGCUUCUCGGUGCUUCUUCAGUGACAUACAACAUAAAUUUAAUUUCGUUUGGCAACAAUAACACUUUUUUUGAACAGUUGUAGACACACUUGUAUUGUCUCAAACAAUGUGGUUAUCUUAGUAGAGAGACUUACACAAUUUAAACACUGAGCCUCUAAGUGUGGCGAUGUCUCUCUCUACUCCUCAUUGGAGAAGCUGAAAGGACUCCUGUUCAUAACUUGCAAGCAAAUCCAAACUUUUUCAAAUCCAUCAAUCAAUCGCACUUUAUUUAUAAAGCACUUUUCACACAUAUUAUAAACAAUGAAAUAAAAUAAAUGAAAAUACAAAUACCAAACCCCACCCACCCUCCCAACCCCCAUUCAACACAUACAGCACCCACACACAGAUGCCACAGAUGACUGAGGAAACGCUAUCUUAAGUUAAAAGAAAUGAGGAAACACUGGAUCUAGGACUAAAGCAAUAAAACCAUAAUAAAAUAUAAUAAAGGUGAUAAAGCAUUAAACGUUGAGUAAAUAAAACAGUUUUCAAAUCAAACAAUAAAAGAAAGUAAAUUAGUUUACUGUAGAACCCAAAAAAAUCCUCAUUUUUUGGACGAUCAUGGCAACCUGUAAGCCUCAGGCCAGGCCCACAGUUGAGACCAAGUUACUUAUCAGGGACUGCUCUAAAAUCAUCGCAUCAUUGAAUUACUUUCAGAGCAAUUUGUUUCAUCAAUCAAACACAGACUCUCUAUCAGAAUCCUUAUGAGGGCCACAGAGGCAAAUGCACUGAGGCACAAGCUCCAAUAAAAUAGAGACGCUAUAAACUUUACAGCCAAGGUAUGUCAAGACGCAAUUGGCCUAGCCGUCCAAGAACGUGUCCCAAAAACAGAGGGUGCAGACCUAUCACGCUGACUGCAGGAGUCAUUUCUUACCCUGACAUUAUGUUUUGUACUUUGCAUGUCCCCUCUCUCUUUCCCCACAAAAUAGAAAAAAAUAUAUAAAGUACAAAGAAGGCAUGUGCACCCUAAAUUCAGAGCCUAUGAGCAUCAUGAUUUUGACCUUAUUUUGAUCUUAGAAAUACUGACAAGGUUAAUGCUUUCUUUUUCUUUUCUGUUGCAGUUCUUAAGUGCCAUAACACUUCCAGGAUUUUUGAAAGAACUCAAGGAAGUCACUGAGGACUUUACUAACGAAGUGCUUAAUUCAUCAUUGAACAUAAAUGCCACAGUGGAAAUACUCGCUGCUGUCGCCAAUUCGUCAAUAGAAAUUGGUCAACCUGAGAUGACGGUAUGUGAAUUAUACGGCUGAAUUUUACACAUCAAGGGGCUGUGUCGCCUAACGCUGUUUUUCUUUUGUGCUGGCAGUGCCUGUUUUUUGGUGUCUGUGGUCUCAGUUGAAAAAAAAAAAAAGUUCAGAUUUUGGAGCUCUGUCAAACUCGUACGUGUAAUGUCUUGAUCACCAACCGAUCACAAUCAUGAUAGGUGGGACUUCUGACGAUGUAUUUGUCAAAUUCAACAGUUGAGAUCCAUACAGGGGAGAAUGUGAUCAUACUCAUUUGAUGGAAGUACAAUUUUUUGGGUUACCAGUGCUAUGAAAUGAUUUAUAAACGUAGACUGUCUUUAAGUUUUUAAUAUUCACUGCUGAAGGAGUCGGAAAUGUGGCAGGAAGAACAACAGUAGAUACUGGUGAGAAGCGCUCUGAAAAAGAGUUUGUGGGCUGCCGGCACAAAAAUUUUUUUUUUAAAAAAGCCAUCAGUUGACACAGCCCCCAACAUGCAUUAGUUAUAAUUUUAUGUAAUACCUUUUUUCUUUUCGAUGUAGAAUAUCCUCAUUACUGUAGGUAUCCUUACCACGGAGGCUGCACAGAAUACCUGGGAAUCCCUGAACGACAACUCAGGAAACACCUUGCCAAAUAGUACCGCUGAAGGUAUCAGCUCUAGGUUACUGUGGUCAGUGGAGAAUAUUACAGAGCGCCUCGUCAAUAAGUCAUUCAGCAUUUCCACAGAAUUUAUCAUCUUGAACAGAACAACAUACAACGACAGUUUUGAUGGUGAAUUCAACUCCUCAGUGGAGAUAGAGUUACGGGAGAAUGAUGAAGAAACGAAGUUUAUCACAGUGAUAACAUUUCUGUCGUUGGAAAACGUUCUCCCUGCAAGAGAGGAAACGAAUUCUUCCAUCUUUGACAUCAAUGGACGAGUCGUACUUGUUAAGUCAAGCGGUUCAGACGAUAUUUCAGUUAAUAUCACAUUAACAUUUGAUAUAAUAAAUGACACACUAGGGAAUCCACAGUGUGUUUUCUGGAACUUUACACUCUUUGAGGGCCUGGGAGGAUGGGACGAUGAGGGAUGUAUGUUGGAGCGACAAGGAAAUGGAACGGUCACCUGCAACUGCAACCACAGGACCUCCUUCUCCAUCCUCAUGUCUCCAAAAGUUCCAGACUGCAAAGCGUGUAGCAUAAUAACAUUUAUUGGAAUAGGCGUAUCCAUGGCUAGUUUGGUCAUAACUCUAAUAAUUGAAGUUGUCAUAUGGAAGAAAAUUCGAAAGAACACCACAUCUUAUCUGCGGCAUGUUUCUAUUGUUAACAUCGCUGUAUCCCUCCUGAUUGCAGACAUUUGGUUUAUUGUAGGAGGGUCCCUUUCUAAAGGAGGGCACUUUCCUGAUUCAACCAAUUCUGAAGAUGAAACGAGGAAUGAAGCGGCAUGCUCGUCAGCAACAUUUUUCAUCCAUUUUUUCUAUUUAGCUCUGUUCUUCUGGAUGUUAGCCUCAGCUCUGUUGUUGUUCUACCGCACAGUCAGCGUUUUCGGUGGAGGGUUGUCCAAACGCAGCAUGUUGGCUAUUGGAUUCUGUCUUGGAUACGGAGCACCUCUCAUUAUUGCAGUGAUAACUAUAGCUGUGCUUGCACCCUCCGAAAAGUACACAGAUGACACAGUCUGCUGGCUGAGCUGGGACAAGCCCGACUCCAAGCCCAAAGCUCUACUGGCCUUUGUGAUCCCCGCUCUGCUGAUAGUUGUGAUUAACCUCAUAAUCCUGAUUGUGAUAAUAACCAAAAUGCUGAGGAGAAGAGCGGUGAGAGACGCCUCACAAGCAGCCGAGAGGAAUGUUCUGUUGGUCAUUGCAAGGAGCCUGGCUGUCCUCACGCCCAUCUUUGGACUUACUUGGGGUCUGGGAAUCGGGACAUUGGUUGACCAGCGCAACAUAGGCAUUCAUAUUGCAUUUUCAUUCUUCAAUUCUCUUCAGGUAAAAUUCACGCUGUUAAAAAUAUGUCUCUGCUCGAUACUGUUGAAUAUGUUUGUUCAAUACCUCGAUGGAUAUGAUCUUCCAACAUUACACUGUGCACCCGUCUUCACAGGGUUUCUUCGUACUGGUGUUUGGAUUGCUGCUGGACAAAAAGGUAUUUACACUUCAAUAUUCACAUUUCUUUAAGUUUCACAGCUAAUAGUAAAGUGAUUACAGCCUGAGGAGGAAGUGUUAUUAUAUCAUAUUAUUGUAUAAAACGCUGCAGAUCAAGUGUUGUUAAGCCCAUUUCUGAAAGCAGGUUAAGUGCAAAGAGUCUUUCUGCGGCUGGUUAUGUUCGAUUGUAAAAAUUGGAAAAUGGAGGGUAAUGCUUAUCACGCAUCAGAGGCGUUUCAUAUCCUUUAGGGCCGUUAUUGGUAAGUCUCUGGUAAAUCAGCUCAAAGUUCAGGGUCAAACUCAGGAUUCGUCAAACCUCUUGCCCAAAGCAAGCCCUUUAAUACAUCUGGUUUACAUGCUGAAAGAUUUAUGGCUCACAAAACCCUGCAGGUUAGUUUUUAAACCAAACUACAAACUCCAAUCCAAUCAAAACCAGGUUUAGUUAUAAAGCACAUUUAAAAACAACAAAACGCUGACCAAAGUUCUGUACAGUAAAAUUAAAAACAAUAAAAACAGACAAUUAACACAAACAAUAAAACAAAGAUAGAGGACCACAUUAAAAAAAGACAGAUGGUUUAAUAAAACCUGAUAAAAAGGCCAAGUUCCCAAGAGUCGAAAGCUAAGGAGUAAAAGUGCGUCUUCAAAUUUGAUUUAAAAACAGGCAGUGUGGAGGACAGCCGGACAUGAAGAGGAAGAGCAUUAACCUGCAUAACCUUCUCAAAAUCACUAAAAGAUAAAAAAAGACUUGACCUUGUGUAAAAGAAGAAGAUAAUAAAAACUGGCUUUUACAACUGCAUUUAUCUGUAGAUCCAUUUUAAAAUCUCUCUCCAUUAUAACCCCCAGAUUUUUUACAGAGUCUUUAAAAAAGGGCUCAAAGAUGGACAGAUCUGCUCUGGGGCAGCUGCCAUGUGGUCCAAAGACAACUACUUCAGUCUUACUCUCAUUUAAUUUUUUUCUGGAGUUAAUUUUUUUAACUCCAGAAGAGGUCUAUCUUUUAAAAUCAUUUUUUACUGAUAAAAUAACUCUGAGUGAUCAUGCUAACUCUUGAGGAUGAUCUUUUCAGGUGCGGUCAGAAAUAGCGAUUAAGUCCCUGACUUCAGUGAGUGGUGGGACAAGGGUAAGUAAGAACUCAAAUGUAAGUUUCAGUUUUUCAAAGCAGAUUUAAGUAUUUGCAGAGUUACAUGUCUCACUUUUAUCUUUGUUUUAGAGCACCAGUGCAGGAAACUCGUCCUCGGGGGCAUUCGGCUUUUUGCGGCAGUGGAGAAGAGGAAGAGGUAA